CAACGGGUAAAGUUGUGGAAGUAAGGGAAGGAAUUCGUACACAGAAAGGUAUUGAAUUAACGGGCUUGGUUGAAGCCUGAGAAAGGGCGGAGACUCGCUUCUUUAUGGCUGUCUAACUUUGAGCACUAUGAAACGGGAAAACUAGCAGACAUUAGGGAAAGUUAAAAAAAUAUAUAUAUAUAUUAAAAAACCUUAUUGCUAUUCGGUGCCUGUCUGUUGCUUCUCUACUGAAUAUGGCAGGGACACGUACAAGAAGAGUGGCUGGUUCGGAACAGUCCCGAACUGCGAGGGCAGCUGCUCUUGCUGAGGAGUUGCACCAUGAAUGCACUCUCUUAUUGGAACUUUAUAGAAAAAAGGAGACGUUUGCAGUGGAACUCACCGUCGGCGGGGAGCGCCUGGUGACCGUGCCGCCGCUCUCCUCCCAGCUCUCGCCGAAUGACAGGUUGUGGCGCCUCUACUCCGCCCUGCAACAGUGCCGGAACCUCCUGGAGCGUGCCAUUGGCCUGGAAGAGGGGGUGGGAAACGGCGGGGACAGGGCCGAAUACGAAAGCCUGAGGAAAACAGUGAGGGACCGGCUGGGGCACCUGCUAGCGAGCACACUGCUCCUCCUGGAGGACGGAGCUGGAACUACAGCCUUCACUCCUGAUCCGAAGAAUACUGAGACAGCUAGUCCGGUGAACGGCAGCCCGUUUGCGCUAAAGCUCUGGAUCUACCGCAUAUUCAGCGAGCUGGUGCACUGGACGCUCACCACCUCCAGGACCCUGAAGGCCCUGCACCCCGAUGGAGCCACCCCCAAGGAGAGCAGAACGAGGGGGAGGCCAAGAGGGAGGAGGACCCGGAGAUGAGAUAGUAGAGAUGGGAAAGAGUAGCCUGUGAGUGAGGAACGAGAGAGCAGGGGAGAGAGAGGGAGAGAGAGAGGUAGCGAUGGAAAGAAUGGGAGAGAGAUAGAGAAGUAGCUUGAGAAGAUGAGGUAGGAGGGUCUGAUGUGGAAGAAGAAAGAGUGAAGGCAGGCAGGAGUCUGAAAGUCUGAGAGAGAGAUGGAAACAAUAGGAGAAGGAAAAGAGUGACAACAGCCAGUAUAAAGAUUCUGUGAAAAGAGGGAGAGGAGUAUAUGUUUAAGUUAAUAAAUAAAUAUAUACAGUGGUGACAAGGGCAUAAGAGAAAGCAUGAGAAAGUAUAUUACUACAUACUGUACAACCAAUGUGUGACUUAACAGUGUUGAUUUUGAAGCAAUUUUGGUCAUUCAAGACAUACUUUUCUAACAAGGGCCCUGCGCUGUAGCUCCGCUUGCUGCUAGCAGACAUAGGACACUGGUUGGCACGUAGCCUAGCGGUUAGAACAUUAGGCUAGUAACUAGCUAAAAUGUGUCAAUAACAAACAAAAAAAUCGCUGUAGUUCAACACGGUUUGAUGCAGUAAAAAUCAAGUAAAGUUAUUACAGAAGAAGUUCGCUGUUUACACCUGGUAUCAAGAUGUGUUCUCUGCCUGGUUUUACAGCCUACAGUCAAAGUAUUCAACCAUGACCUUCCUUUGGCCUACGCCAGACAUACAAGGACCAGUAUUUCAGAACAUUUAAUUUAGUCUCCUCCCACUGGGCACACACUAGUUGAAUCAACGCUGUCUUCACGUCAUUUCAAUGAAAUUACGUUGAACCAACGUGGAAUAGGCGUCGAACUGACGUCUGUGCCCGGUCGGCUGUUCUCUCUUUAUGCUAACUGAAUGGCAAUAUUCAUAUGUCAUGUGGUCAUUAAUAUAAGCAUGAUCUUGAUUGUAACAUUUGGUGUGGUUAUUGUAAGAGAUUUGGUUUGGCAUUGCCUUACAAUUUCCAAUCUGAUUAGGGAAACAGAAUUUUAUACAACACAGGAUCAUUUUGAUAUGGAUUAAAUGUUCUGAUAAACUGACCCCUUGAUCCCAAAACAAUCCCACAAAUGAGAUGUGUUGGUGACAGCUACAGGAUCCACUUUGAUAAUGGAGUGUAGAUUUCCGGUUCAAGACGAUGGUUUAUGUGAUAUCAAUUUCCAGUCCUUGUGAGCCGGUACAAGGACCAGCAUUAGAUGGAAAUCACCACAAAUUGUUUCACAUUUAAGAUGCAUCCCAAUAGUCUUAAAUGGCUUCCUACCCAUUUAGAGACUACAAAAAAUGUAACAUUGGUCAUUUUGGGGUUAUGACAAGGUAUGAGAUAGGGUAGGCUAUUUCAUUGGGUGUAUUCGCCCUUUAAAGCAGAUCUUGGGUCAGUUUUGCAUUUUUCCCCACUAAUGGUUAAGGUUAGGAAUGGGGAGCGGAAGUUGAUCCUAGAUCUGUACCCAGGGGAAACUUUGUCCCAGAACUUUUCAUUACUGGUGGAUGGUAAUCUCACAUAUUGUGCCUUGAAGUGAUGUGAUGAGUUCAGCUGUCCAAUACAGACUGUGCCUUGCCCUCUAGUGGUGAGUAGAGGAACCAAAACAAAACAUCCCAGCUGUGCAGCUCCUCCUACUGGAGAACCACUGAGAAUGCAGGCUUUAGCUCCAGCCCUGCUCUAACACCAGACUCUGCUAAUCCAGUUCUGAACCUGUUAAAGCUAUAAAAAAAAACGACUGUCUGCAUUCAAUAUAUAUAUAUAUAUAUAUAUAUAUAGUACCAGUCAAACGUUUGGACACACCUAAUUGUUCAAGGGUUUUUAAUUAUUUUAGUAUUUUCUACAUUUUCUACAUUUAGAAUAAUAGUGAAGACAUCAAAACUAUGAAACAACACACCAACAAAGUGUUACACAAGUCAAAAUAUAGUUUAUAAUUGAGAUUCUUCAAAGUAGCCACCCUUUGCUUUGAUGACAGCUUUGCACACUCUUGGCAUUCUCUCAACCAGCUUCAUGAGGUAGUCACCUGGAAUGCGUAUCAAUUAACAGGUGUGCCUUGUUAAAAGUUAAUUUGUGGAAUUUCUUUCCUUCUUAAUGCUUUUGAGCCAAUCAGUUGUGUUGUGACAAGGUAGGGCUGGUAUGCAGAAGAUAGCCCUAUUUGGUAAAAGACCAGGUCCAUAUUAUGGCAAGAACAGCUCAAAUAAGCAAAGAGAAACAACAGUCCAUCAUUACUUUAAGACAUGAAUGUCAGUCAAUGUAGAAAAUGUUAAGAACUUUGAACGUUUCUUCAAGUGCAGUUGCAAAAACCAUCAAGCGCUAUGAUGAAAUGGGCUCUCAUGAGGACCGCCACAGGAAAGGAAGACCCAGAGUUACCUCUACUGCAGAGGAUGAGUUCAUCAGAGUUAACUGCACCUCAGAUUGCAGCCCAAAUAAAUGCUUCACAGAGUUCAAGUAGCAGACACAUCUCAACAUCAACUGUUCAGAGGAGACUGCAUGAUUCAGGCCUUCGUGGUGGAAUUGCUGCAAAGAAACCACUACUAAAAGGACACCAAUAAUAAGAAGAGACUUGCUUUGGCCAAGAAACAUGAGCAAUGGACAUUAGACAAGUGGAAAUCUGUGCUUUGGUCUUUCGAGUCCAAAUUUGAGAUUUUUGGUUCUUAGUGAGAUGCAGAGUAGGUGAACGGAUGAUCUCCGUAUGUGUGGUUUCCACCGUGAAGCAUGGAGGAGAAGGUGUGUUGGAGUGGGGGUGCUUUGCUGCUGACAGUCUGUGAUUUAUUUAGAAUUAAAGGCACACUUGACCAGCAUGGCUACCACAGCAUUCUGCAGCGAUCCACCAUCCCAUCUGGUUUGCGCUUAGUGGGACUAUCAAUGGUUUUUCAACAGGACAAUGACCCAACACACCUUCAGGCUGUGUAAGGGCUAUUUGACCAAGAAGGAGAGGGAUGGAGUGCUGCAUCAGAUGACCUGGCCUCCACAAUCACCUGACCUCAACCCAAUUGAGAUGGUUUGGGAUGAGUUAGAAAGCAGAGUGAAGGAAAAGCAGCCAACAAGUGCUCAGCAUAUGUGGGAACUCCUUCAAAACUGUUGGAAAAGCAGUCCAGGUGAAGUUGGUUGGGAGAAUGCCAAGAGUGUGCAAAGCUGGCGUCUAGGCAAAGAGUGGCUACUUUGAAGAAUAUAAAAUAUAUUUUGAUUUGUUAACACUUUUUGGUUGCUACAUGAUUCCAUAUGUGUUAUGGAACCCCUGAAUGAGUAGGUGUGUCCAAACAUAUGACUGGUACUGUACACACACACACACACACACACACACACACACAAAUAUAUAUAUAUAUAUAUAUAUUUUAAACCCAAUCAUUACUAUAUGACCCCCGUUGAAACAGACCCUUUUAAUAUCAUUGCGUAGCCGUCAAAUUGGUAGCGCUGGGAGGUGGGAUGUUGUUAAACCAUGUUCGCAAUUCAAAUUAGAGCGGAUUGAGCAGCUGAUCAGUAGAAUUAGGUGUGGUCGUGCAGGGUUGGAGCAAAAGCCUGCAGACAAUAGCUCUCCAAGCGGAGGGAUGGCCAUCCCUAUUCUUGUGUAUGUGACUUUGAAGGAAAAUUGAAAUUGCCAGACUGGAUUGUUUUUAGUACCUUUGUAGACAGAGAUGCACUGUAGCAAAGUCUCCUCCAUUUUUACGCUGAGUUGAGUACACACGGUUGCUGGAGCAACUAGCCCUUUCCAUGACCUCUUGGUAUAGUGCCAGUUGCCCCUAACCACAGAUCUAGGAUCAGAUGACCUUAUCCCCAAUCCUAAUUUUAACCAGUAGGAGGAUGCAAACAGAUCUAACCCUGUAUCCUUUGGUUAGGCACAUUGAUGAGAUUGAGAGACAGUCGUUUAAUUUUUUUUUAUUUGACCUUUAUUUAACCAGGAAGGGCUCAUUGAGAUUUGAAAUCUCUUUUUCAAGAGUGUCCUGGCCAAGAUAGGCAGCACCAAGUCAUUACACAAUUACAGACAGACAACAUGAAAAACUACAGGUAAUCUAGUAAAACAACAUAGAAUUCACAAGAGUAUAACAAAAUUAUAAAACAGCGAAUUAAAAACAUUGACAGGUCAGGGAAUCCGCCUCAAUCCUUCAUCAAUGAUUUACAAACACCAAUUGGGACAAGUUCUUCCAGUUUGAAAGUAUUUUUGUAAGGCGUUCCAAGACGAUGGCGCAGAGUACAUAAAAGCCCUUUUUCCAAAUUCAGUUCAGAAAUUUGGAACAGUUAGCAGGAUAAAGUCCAGCAAACGCAGAGAGUGCUCACCACAUUUCUGAACAAUAGAAAAGCACAAAUAAAAUGUUAGUAAACCCAAAAUGACUUUGUAAAUUAAAGUUUACCAGUGACUGAGCCUACGAGUGACGAGAGAAGGCCAGCCAACCCUGGUAUAUAAAGUAGUUAGACAUAGGACUGAUGGAUACUUUGUUAACACACUCCAAACUAAUGUACAAACAUUUCCUGUUUCUGAUUUUCUUUUGUUGUGUUUCAUAUUAACUCUGGUCUGGUGUGGGAAGAUAUAGAAACCAUAUUUAUUAUUAAUGUAUGACUUUGAGAUAUGCAGAAAGGAUGAAAUAAAUGUCUGUGGAUUAUAUUUUGAA